AUGAUCAUGGGAGGCUUCCUGGAUAACGACGAUUCCAUAUCGGCGAUCAAGGAAUACGAACGAAAGGCCGUCGCGGCACAACGCUACCCGUAUAUCCAUAAAGGGAUCCCUACCAUCUCCUUCACGGAUAAGGAUGCGAGCGGGCUGGACAUCCCUCACCUUGACCCACUCGUAAUCACUCUACAGAUCCACGACUGUGACGUCGCGAAGGUCCUGGUUGAUACCGGGAGUACGGUGAACCUCAUCUUUCUGGAAACACUGAACCGCAUGGGGUGGAGGAAGGAUCUAUCAAACCUACAUCCCGUCCCCUCACCGGUUUCACCGCCGAGCAUGUUUACAGCUGUGGCACAGUCCGGCUCCCCGUUUAUGUCGGCGGAAUUUCAAAGCUCUUGA